GACAGACACCCUUUUUACUGAAAGCUGAAUGUGAAGAGAAUUCGAAAGUGGUGCUGUGGAUUAGUUAGUGCAAGAAGUUUUCCUGCAUAGCUGAGACGAAGAGAUUCUGGAUUUUAUAUCAGUUUUUUUACUUGUUGAAGUUUCUGUGCUGUCUAAGGAUUUGGAUGACUGCAACCAGGAAUCUAAAGGAGCAAUGCAAGGAUGUUUAGAAAAGAAGUCAAGAAUUUCUAGAAAGAAUUGGGUUUGAUCACCAUCACCAUGGUCCUCUCUGGCUGCUCUAAACAAUGCAGUAAUAUUAAUAUGGGUGUUGAAGCUGUUACUGGCAAACUGCAUGUGACCUGGACUGAAAGGGUUUUCUGCAAUGAAACAAAAAUACUUUACUUUUGUCUCCAGUAGAUCUAAAAAGGGCAAACUGCAAGAAAACGUGGAUUACAGAUAAAUUAAAUUAAUACAUUGAUUUUUUAGUCCAAUUACAAAGGAGUCCUUUACUUUAUUUCUGGAUUCAAAUCAAAGAGGAAUCAUGCAGUGAGAAAAGUGUUUAGAUAUUCAAGGUUUACAAUCCAUCAAAAUAAUUUAUCAGUCUGGAUAAGGAUAAUGGAAGAGGAGUUGACCACCAUGCCCGAUCUGAGCCCCCUGUCUCUGUUUCUCGGCAUUACUCCUGAGGGCCACCUGGGUGUCCCUCCCCCCAACUUCAUUACCAAGGUGCAGAAGUGCAGACAGGCAGUCAGUGCUUUGGAGGAGAGUUUAGACACUGAUUUACAUGUUCUGAACAAGAUCCGAAAGAGUGUCCGGUCGAUUUACAGCUCAGGGAUUACUCAUGUGGAAGCCCAGGAGGGAUACAUGGAAGCCCUUCAGUGUCUAGGCAGUAACCAGAUCUGCUCAAACAACCAUGAACUCUCUACAGGUUUCCUGAACCUAUCAGUACUUUCAAGGGAGCUAAGUGCACUCUUCAGUAACAUGAUACACAAUCUUAAUAGCAUCCUCACAUUUCCUCUAGACUCCAUGCUACGUGGAGAUUCAAAGGAUAGCAGACUGGACCUGAAGAAACAGACUGACAGGAGCUGGAAGGAAUAUGAAAUAAAAGCGACGAAGAAAGGUCGCACAGGCAGUUCUCGUGGAGAUACGGAGUUCAGUGAGGAAGCAGAAAGGGAGCGCAAAGUAUUUCAGCUGCACUUGUGUGAGUAUCUGAUCAAGCUGGGUGAAGCACAGAUAAAACAAGGGCCUGAUUUCCUCCAGUGUCUCAUCAAAUUCUUUCAGGCGCAGCUCAAUUUUUUUCAGGAUGGAUUAAAUGCAGCACAAAGUCUCCUUCCUUUUACUGAAAAACUGUCUGCUACACUGCAUAAUAUUCAUCAUACUCGGGACGAAGAGCUAAAACAACUUUCAGAGCAUCGCGAUAACCUACAGAAACAGCUCCAGAUAGAGAAUAAAGAGGAUGGCCUAAGCAGGAAAGAUUCUGGGACUGGUUAUAGUUUGCACCAACCUCAAGGGGAUAAGCAAUAUGGCACAGAGAAAUCUGGAUUUCUGUACAAGAAAAGUGAGGGAAUUCGUAAAGUGUGGCAAAAAAGAAAAUGUGGAGUAAAAUAUGGAUAUCUAACAAUAUCCCACAGUACGAUCAAUCGCCCUCCUGCUAAGAUUAAAUUACUAACUUGCCAGGUGCGUCCAAAUGGUGAGGACAAACGGAGCUUUGACUUAAUCACACAUAAUAGAACCUACCACUUUCAGGCUGAGGAUGAAAAUGAGGCUCUGGUCUGGAUCUCUGUGCUACAGAAUAGUAAGGAUGAAUCCCUGAAUGCGGCAUUUGGUGGAGAUGGAGGAACCAUAGACAGUCCCCACCAAAUAAACAAGCAGAUCAUUAAAGAGAUUAGGUCCUUACCUGGGAACCAAGUGUGCUGUGACUGUGGAGCUUCAGAACCAUCCUGGGUCUCAACCAACUUGGGAAUUCUGAUCUGUAUUGAGUGCUCUGGAAUCCACAGAGAUCUGGGCGUGCGCUACUCCCGUGUACAGUCAUUAACCCUUGACCUGCUUAGUACCUCUGAACUGUUGCUUGCUGUUUCUGUUGGGAAUGCUAAACUUAAUGAAGUUCUGGAGGCAACACUUCCAGCAUUUAAUACUAAACCUAACCCUACCAGUGACAUGAUCACUAGGAAGGAUUAUAUCUCUGCCAAAUAUGUGGAGCACAGCUUUGUGAGCAAAGAACGGACUGCUUCCUUGCACAGAGUCCGUGCUGCAAUUCAAAGCCGUGACUUGACGGCUCUCCUUCAGUGCUUGGCUAGUGGUGCUGAUCUGAGCAAACCAAUACCCAUUCAGGACAGCCAGGAUCUUAGUGAGUCCCCUCUGCACUUUGCCAUCCGUGUGUCUGACCGAAGCUCCCUCCCAGUAGUGGAUUUUAUUAUUCAGAAUGGAGGAGCUUUGGACAAAGUAACUACAGAUGGACAUACUGCACUUCAUUAUGGAGUUAAAUAUAACAAAUUGGACUGCAUACGACUUCUCUUGAGAGCAAAAGCAUCUCUAACUGCAGUGAAUAGUGAUGGAUACACCCCGUUGAUGCUGGCUCAGAGUAUGAAACAUACAGAGUGUGAAGAGCUGCUUGAAAAAGCAGCAACAGGAAAUUUUAUAUGUGAUGUGGAUUUCGAUUGGUAUCAUCAAGAUGAGGAAGAAAGCUACAGCGAAGAUGAUGAAGGAGAAAAGAACAUCUCAACUCCAAUUAAGCUCCCUCCCCGGCACAGCUCCAUGGGUUUGGACAUCAGCAACAAGACUUAUGAAACUAUCAUUUUUCCUGAAAGAGGAGCACCUCCUCACAGAUCUCGGAGCCUGGAGACCCCACCACCACUUCCUGCAAAAAAUCAUCCUCGUAAGUGCCCAGAACAUCCACCCCAGUCCUCUCUUGCCCAGAAUCGUCCUCUCAGUACUGUUAGCCAACCCUCUACAAAUGAGGAAUGGGAGGGUUUCCAAGAAGCUGGGCUGCAACGUCGCUCAUCUGAACCUCCACGAUACUCCAUGGACCAUUCUUCCUCCCCUCUGAAAUCCAGCACAGAUGGAGUGAAGUCAUACAGGAGAGUUAAAGGAACCUAUAACGCCCUACCCCAUGCAGAUUGUCUACCACAUGUCAGAGGUCCUCUCCUUGGCUCUUCCCCAUUCUGUCAUCCUGACUCUGAGAAUCUCACAGGUGGCAUAAAUAAGAAAAGAUGCUCCCAAGAUGAAAAUCAACAGCAAUCACCAAAGUGAUAUCCGUCACCCAAAGGAUUUCUGCCAUGUAAAUGGAAAAAAUAUGGGGGGGAGUCAGUGUUUGUUCACUCUUAGGGGCAGAUUUAUCAAGGGUGGAAGUGAAUUAGAGGUAAUUUUGGAAGUAAAAAAAUUCGAAAUUCUAAGGGGCCGAUUC